AACAAAGCUCCUUCUGUCACCAGGACUCUCCUACCACAUAUAUCAGUUAAAAAAUGUCGACCAACACACCCUUGACCUAAAUGCAUCGGCCUAUACUUUUUACAGGUAAAUAACAGCCUAUUUGACGCCAUUGUUAUGGAGACAGGAAAGAGAAAACGAAAGAGGAAUGAAGAGAUUGAAUCAAGUAAUGCAGGCGAACAAAGGGGCCAAUUGCUCAUCGACGGGGAAGAGUGGACAACAACAAAUUUUAACACAAGGAUUCUCAUUGAACUACGAACGAAUACACCAAGAAUUCAGCCUGCGGUCCUCUUUAUAUCCUGUCGAGAGUUUGGAUUGCUCCAAAGAGGGAUUUUAUCUCAGUAUAGCGACGACAUCUGUAACCCUGCUGCCCUUCGGGCACGCCUCCUAAGCGAUGGGAUAAUCCAGGCUAUUCAGGAAGAAUCACAUUUGUAACCCUCAUUUUCUCUCUUUUGUUGGUUUCUCUUUGUCGGCAAAAUUAAUCUAUCAAAAUAUUGACUAUCGUUAACUAUUACAUAAAUAAUUCCUUUAUCAUUAAAUUAACUUAGUGGUAAUUGUGAUUGUAAUUAUAAAUUGUUGUUCCGUUUGGCAACAUUAUAUUUCGGCUUAUCAGACUUAUCAACCAACUUUUUCACGAAACACGUAAUUUUUGAUUUCGUGCGCCAAA